AAUAUUGUGUACGGUGAGGGAGUAAUAUUUUUUGACUCGUAAAUUCUUCCACGCGGGUGACAGUAUUUUAUUAUUUUAAGUUUUAUUUUAUUGCACGUGAAUUUUGUAAAUUAAUUAAUUAGUGAAAUAAAUAUUUUAUUAAAUAAAAUUUUAUUUUCAAAUGGGAAAAAUUCCUGACAGAUGGCUGGACUACAAACCGUGCGGAGUCGCGAUAAAAGGCACCAGGAUAGUCGCGUUCAAAGUUCCUCUGGCCGACAAGAUAUCGAGGUAUUUACCAGAACACCAACAGUUUACACCGGAGGUACUUCUGAAGGCGCUGCCGAACCUUAAAUACAUAAUAGACCUCACAAAUACAACGCGGUACUACGAUAAGCAGGAAUUAUUGAAGCUGGGCCUCAUAUACAAGAAAGUUCCGGUAGAAGGAAAGCGCAUUCCAAUUCAGCAGGAUGUUCUCAAAUUCUUCCGGGCUAUGGAGCAGUUUACCAAAGACGCCAAAGAUGACGAACUUAUCGGCGUCCACUGCACCCACGGACUAAACCGUACCGGCUACCUAGUCUGCCGUUUCCUGAUCCAACAACAAGGUUGGGACAUCACCGAGGCGAUCACAGCUUUCGAGGACGCCCGUGGUCACUCGAUAGAGCGUGAAAACUACGUUUUGGACUUGAAGGCCUGUCGCCACAAGAAGAUCAACACCUCCGAAGACUUGCUGGACGUUAUCCGUAAGGACUCUAAGCAUUCGAAGCGUAAUUACAAUUCUAGGGACCUCAAUUGGCGAAACCAUGAGCCUCCUUCAGUUCCAGUUUUUGCAGAACGACAUCGUGAGGAACCUAGACGAGCUAAUUUGUACAGUUGGCGGAACCCGAGUUUGUCCUUACGUUCUUUAGAACCUCGGCCGUAUGACUUGCUAAAAAACGAAACGAACCACCCAACAAACUACAGAAAUCCUUAUGAGCCCCUUUUUCACGGUUACAGAGAGAUUGAUGGUCCACGUUUGGAUCCAGGUUAUGGGUCCAGUUCUAGAUCUGGACCAGGUUAUGGACCUAGUCCUAGACCUGAACCAGGUUAUGGACCUAGUCCUAGACCUGAACCAGGUUAUAGACCUAGCCCUAGACCUGAACCAGGUUAUGGACCUAGUCCUAGACCUGAACCAGGUUAUGGGCCCAGAUCUGGUCCAGAUUAUGUACCCAAUCCUCAGCCUGAUCCAGGUUAUGGACCCAGUCUUAGACCUGAUCCAGGUUAUGGGCCCAGUCUUAGACCUGAGCCAGGUUAUGCACCUAAGACAAGUUCCCGAAGAGAUCUUUAUGUCCCUACUGCGGUGCUAAGAGCCCGAAGAAACCUAUUAGCACCAAGAAAUCCAACCUUAAUUCCAGACUACGUAAGACCUGACAGACCUAUGAUGCCUCCAGUUUCAUCAUCGGUUCCACUUAUUCCAAGAGAGAGAAGUAGGGAAUUCCCUGUCCCUCCUCCGAUCCCCGAGAAAUGGCGUACCCAAGCUCCCGACAGGACUGACGAGUUUUCUGAGAGAAGAAGCGGUCGGCGACGUAAGUUUGAUGAUACGUUGAAUAAUAGACCUGGAGAUAAUAUAAAUUGUUCUGUUCCUUUAGCUAUGCAUCAGAAGAGACAGCGAUCACGUUUUGAAAAUUAAUAAUUGUAGAAAAUUUUUUAGAUCGAUUGAAUUUUAAUAAAAGAUUUUUUGGUUAA